AUGAGUUCCGAAAAGAAUUUCCCUGCACAAACAGUAAAGCAAGCCUCUCCCUCCCAGCCCACGUCGAAUUCAUUAGCUAAAGCCGCCACAAUACCUUCCGAAUUAAUCUUUCAAAUUUUUAAAUAUGUUACAUCUACAACUGACCUCAAGUCUUGUAUUUUAGUAUGCAAAUCUUGGUGUCGUUGUGGUGUUGAACAGCUAUGGCAUAAGCCAGUUUUCACUAGCAAUCAAUCUCUUUUUAAAUUAUUAUUCACUUUAUCUCGAGGCAGCCAGACCUUCCCAUAUUCGUUUCUCAUCCGACGUCUCAAUUUUUCUUUUUUGGGAGAAAAUAUAACUGACCAAAUUCUUUCCCGAUUAAGUUCUUGCGAGAGAUUAGAAAGACUUACUUUAGGAGGUUGUAUAAGAAUAACUGAUACGGGACUUUUAAGAUUAUUAGAAAAAGCAGAUGGAUUGAUAGCUUUGGAUGUAUCAGACAUCGAAAAUUUUACAGAUGCGGUAUUAGAUUUGGUAGGGGAACGAUGUAGACGAUUACAAGGAUUAAAUGUGAGUUCAUGCAAAAAAGUUACUGAUAAAGGAAUCAUGUCGGUCGCUUCAAGAUGUAGAAGUUUAAGAAGGGUACUAGUAGUCUUAGCAAAGAAUUGUCCACACCUGCUUGAACUUGAUCUUACCAACUGUAAUCAGAUAACAAAUGGAGCAAUUCAACCAGUUUUCGAACAUUGUACACAAUUACGAGAACUUCGACUUGCUUAUUGUACUCAUCUCACUGAUGAUUCAUUUAUAAAAACGAUGCCAUCCAUAUUUGAACAAUUACGAGUCCUUGAUCUCACAUCAUGUGCUCACAUCACUGAUCAAGCAAUUCAUAAAAUUGUUCAUAGUGCACCGAAAUUACGUAACCUUGUCUUGGCCAAAUGUGGACAUAUAACUGAUGAAGGAGUUUAUUAUAUUACAAGAUUGGGUCGUCAUUUACAUUAUCUUCAUCUAGGACACUGUUCCCUGAUCACGGAUCAUUCAAUAACUCACCUCGCUCGUCAUUGUACUCGAUUAAGGUAUCUUGACAUGGCGUGUUGUACUCAACUCACAGACGCGUCAGUCUUUGAACUUUCACAUCUUCCCAAAUUACGUCGUAUCGGAUUGGUGAAAUGUGCACUUAUUACAGAUCAAGCUAUUUAUGCACUAAUUGAAAACCGUGCUGCAGCUUAUACCCUUGAACGAGUUCACUUGUCGUACUGUGUCAAUCUUACUAUCCCAGCAAUUUCAGAUCUAGUCAGUUUUUGUAGUCGCCUUACACAUUUAUCACUUACUGGAGUCCCUGCAUUUCUCAGACCGGAAAUUCAACGUUAUUGUAGAUUACCACCUAAGGAAUUUACACCUCAUCAACGUCAAGUUUUUUGUGUAUUUAGUGGUAAAGGUGUUAAAGAAUUGAAGAAUUAUCUAAAUGGUUUACAUAGAUGUCGGGUUACAAGUGUUGUAAGCAAUAAUGAUGAUGAUCGAGUUGUUCAACCAGAGAUAACGGGUAAUGCAGAUGUUGACGAUUCCUAUGAUAAUAGUCGUGGUCCGAGGAAUAUCAGGCACAUGGGACAUGAUGAGAGUCCGGACGUUGAUGAAGGGGGUGCUAAUAAUAAUGCAAGAAAGAACAAUGCGGGAGAGAAUAAUACAGAAGAGAACAACAUAAAAGAGAAUAAUGCAAACGAAAAUAAUAAAGACGAAAAUAGUGCAGUUAAGAAAGUUGAGAAUGAUGUAGACCAAAAUGCAGUCGAGAAUAAUGAUAUAAAUACGAACAAUAGUUCGAAUACAUGGACAUUUGGAUAA